CUCAAAAUAAAAAAUUCAGAAAUUCUCAACAGGUUUUACUGUAUUCUAAAUUCCAUUACACGUUAAUGUCAUUUCACAGGUUUUAGCUGUCACUACACAAGCAAAGAAUAUCAGAUGGAGGAGACAAACAGGCAGACGAACUCAACCUCAACGAACGGUGAUGGGGCUUGCCACGUCAUCAAGAUGCCUGAGGUGAGCAAGGAUCGGGUGGCCCUGAUGCACCGGAAGAUGUCCGAGCCGCCGCGUCUGCUGAGCCCGGCCGCAGGGAAACACUCCUGCUGCAUCUUCCGUGUCCCGCAGAGCCUCGUCGACGUCAACGGCAAGGUCUACUCCCCUCACAUCGUCUCCGUCGGGCCCUACCGCCGCGGCGAGCCUCAGCUCAAGAUGAUCGAAGAGCACAAAUGGCGGUAUCUCGGCAAUCUUCUCUCCCGAACGCAGCAAUUCAAUGGGUUGAAACUCGAGGACCUGAUGAAAUCCAUGGCGGAAAUCGAGGAUCGCGCAAGAGAGAGUUACUCCGAGGUGAUUUGCCUUACGAGCGAUGAAUUCGUCGAGAUGAUGGUUCUGGACGGCUGCUUCGUGAUCGAAUUGUUCAGAAAGGCCGCGAAUCUGGUCCGGUUCGAAUCGGACGAUCCGAUUCUGACCAUGGCGUGGAUCAUCCCCUUCUUCUACCGCGAUUUCCUCCGCCUCGAGAACCAGAUCCCGUUCUUCGUCCUCGAGAAGCUUUUCAGUCUGACGAAAUCGCCGGCGGAGGAGAAAUCCCCAAAUCCGCCGACACUCUCCAUCCUCGCUCUGCAAUUCUUCAACAACGCGAUGCAGAGACCGGACGUCGUGAUCGAGAAACAUCGCGAUCUGAAAGCAAAGCAUCUGCUAGAUCUGGUGAGGCUAAGCCUAAUUCCGCCGAGCCAUCCGGAGCCGAACCGGAGGAAAAACACUCCGACGCACAUAAUCCACUGCGUGUCGAAGCUCCGCCGCGCCGGGAUCAAACUCCGGCAGAUCGACUACGAGAGCUUCCUCGUCGUAACGUUCCGCAGCGGCGUAUUGGAGAUGCCGAUGAUCACGAUCGACGAUUUCAUGACCUCGUUCCUCCUCAACUGUGUGGCCUUCGAACAGUGCCAUAGAUCCUGCACCAAACACUUCACCACCUACGCGACGCUUCUAGACUGCCUCGUCAACACCUACCGGGACGUCGAGUACCUCAGCGACAGGAACAUCAUCGAGAAUUGCUUCGGAAACGAUGGCGAAGUCGCGCGAUUCAUCAACAAUUUGGGGAGAGAUGUUGCUUUCGAUAUGGAUCUGUGCUAUUUGGCGGAUCUGUUCAACGAUGUUCAUAUGUAUUACAGGAAUUCUUGGCAUGUUCAAUGGGCGGGAUUCAAGUACACUUACUUUGAUACUCCAUGGUCCUUCAUAUCGGCAUUGGCGGCUCUUAUUUUGCUGCUUCUCACCGUUGCACAGACUAUUUACACGGUUUAUGGAUUUUAUAACGACAAAAAGAAAUAGAAAUUGUGCA